AUGGCAGACACAGGCGAAAAGGUCAAAAAGAGGAAGAGAAAUGCGGAUGGCACGUCCAAAUCUAAUAAAAGAGUUGCAAUCGAUGGCGACAAGCAGGUCAAUAUUUCUCUUAAGACUGGCGAUAAAUGGGCACCAGUUAUAGCUUCAUCGCGGGGCCUCGUGCUGCCAAAGUCUAUUUCGCUUCAACCAUAUGUUCAACCACGUAAAAACAUACCUUCUGGCCCUGGUCGAACACCAAUUUCUACGACAGAGCUGCUAUUGCAAUCUUCAGAACACCAAAAGCUAGAUUACACAGCGCGGGAAGAUGCUGCAGACGGGCCAGAUGCACUCUUGAAGCAUUAUGUUGGAGUCUUUGAUCCAGAGACAGGCAAGCUCGAGGUUAUGGAAGCACGAAAGAUGGUAGUUCGCGGUACCGUGAGAGCACACAGAGCGGCAGAUGAAGAAGUGGACCCCGAUGCUAAAAUAAGAGAUCUUCGAAACAACCUGGGACAGACUUUUGGUACGAAAAAAUCGAAGAAAGCAAUUGCUUCGUUCACAGAAAACGCAAUCAACCCCCUUCAAUCCCGAGAAAAUGGUAGCACUCCUGUCAAGAUCGACGCUGCAUCAAAAGCUAUGCUGGAGACUAUUGGCAAGGCUACUGCGGGUAUGUCGACAAAAGCGCAACUUGCGGCGGUCGUGGAAUCAAAUAAGCCACGUCCAAUGGCCAAUACAGAAGCUGCUGAAGUCAAGGAUGUGUAUACUACCGAUGCGCUUAUUGGAGAUGAAGUCAUGAAACUCAUACCAGUAAGACCGUGGAUAGAGGCUAUGAAAGCCAAGAAAGCCAUCAAAGGCACCUCGCAGUAUGUGAUGGCGAGGGUUGAAAAUCACUCCCAGAACAUCGAGAAGCUCAGGAUCCUCCGGUACAUGUAUUUUGUAAAAAGACUUCUCGACAAUUCAAGAGAUCGGAGGAGUGAAAAGACGCUUCCUAGGCAGACCGAAUUGAAGGAAGCCAUCGAGGAUAUGCCAUACACCGUGGUAGAUAAUUUUAAACGGAAGUUCACAUCCAAUGGAGGAACUAUGAGCAAGUUUCAGCUGGAUAUGGUCAUAACUCAUUUGUGCGCCAUGGCAUGCUUGGUCGAUAACUUUGAUGUGGACCUUUUUGAUUUACAGUCCGAUUUGAAGCUGGAAACCAAAGCCAUGUCACAAUAUUUCGAGGAGAUUGGAGCAAAGAUAACGCCUUUGCCUGCAGCUGAGGCCAGGAAGUUUGAUCGAGCGGUGGCUCAAACACGCAAGCGGGCGAAGCUUCGUCUACCUCUUGUCUUUCCCAAACCAAAAUUUACUCGGGCUCCAAAGAGGUAG